CAAUUACCCACUGAAGGCUUAUAGCCUGUAUCUAGUGCCAGCCUCGUGAGAAUUUUGCCAUAUUCUGGAUCAUACAAACGUUUUACGGCCCAGUGAUAAAAGACGAUUCAAAUUACAGACUAAUUAACUAAGUACUCAUAACUAUAUGAACCGCAGUCAUCAAGCAACAACUUUCCAGUACUUACCACUAACCUUCCCUCUUUCCACCCACCACACGCAAAGAAACCAAAAACACCAUGUCCACCACCACUACCACCCCCAAACCAACCAUCGUGCUCAUCCACGGAGCAUGGCACACUCCAGCCAACUACACCCCCCUCAUCACAUCCCUCCAAUCCCUCGGCUUCAGCGUGCACUGCCCCCACCUCCCCAGCUGCACCAACACCCGCCCCCCACCAGCAACCUACGCCGACGAUGUCUCCGUCGUCCGCAGCCUCAUCACCUCCCUCGUGGAAAAGGGCGAGCGCAUCCUCAUGCUCAUGCACUCCUACGGCGGCGCCAUCGGCACCGACGCCAUCCAGGACCUUGACCUCCCCACCCGCGCAGCCAACAACCUCCCCGGCGGGAUAAUCCACCUCCUCUACCUCUGCGCCUACAUCCAACAACCCGGCCGCUCCAUCUGGGAUGUCGUCACCGAAGCAGGCAUGACAGCCUUCUGGCCGCAGUUCGUCGAGAAUGCAGACGACGGAUCUACAUUCCCCGUUGAUCCGGUGCAGCUGUUCCUGGGUGAUUGUGAUGAGGCGCAGGUUGCUGAGGCGGUGAAGCACCUCGUAAGGAGUCCGCUGAGUGCGUUUCAGACGCCCGCGGUGGGGGAUGCGUGGAGGAGAGCGCCGGUUACGUAUGUGAGUACGACGAAGGAUUAUUCUGUUCCGAGGGUUUAUCAGGAUUUGAUGUUGAAGAGGGUGAAAGCGGAGGGGGUGGAUGUUAGGGUCGUGGAGGUGGAUACGGCGCAUAGUGUGUUUGUUUCGAGGUUGGGGGAUGUGGUGCGGGUUGUUGAGGAGGUUGUGCGGGAUGGGAGGGAUGUUUGAGGGUGCUUAGGAAUUCAGUUAUAGGCGAAGAGCAGUUGGUUGUUGGGUAGGGGGAAAGCUAAUGUUUCAAGUUGAUCUGUCGUAUAAAAUUACUUGUACUGGUGGUGGUAGUAUAGUGUGACGGGAGCCGAGAGUAAAUAUAUAUAUUGCUAGACGCUAGUAUUUUGGGC